CUCUGGGCCCUUUAAAGGAAUAUGGGAUGAGUCUGUUGAAUGGAGUCAGAGGGAGUCCCGCUGAAGUCUGCGAUACUCUGCAAAGAAAGACAAGGACCAGACAGACAGCGAGGACGAGACAUGAAACUCUGAUAAAUGAAUGAGAGACGAAUGAGAGGGGAACGAGGACGGACUGAAGAAGAAGUUAUGAACCGAACUGCGAAGAAUUACCGGGGAGAGAGUCCGUGAGCGGAGGAAGCCGACUGAGGGGGGAGAGACAACAAAGUCACAAGUACGUCAGAGUCCGGAGGCAGAGCAGCCCUGAGUCUUCACCAUGGCGGACGUGCUGGAGAGCGGCGGGUCAGGAGCCGUCAGAGUGGCCAGCGUGGACUGGCAGAAACGCUGCAUCGCUCUGGAGAUGCAGCUGCUGAGGUUCCGGCUGCAGGCGGGGAAAAUCCGAGAGCUGCUGGCUGAGAAGAUGCAGGAGUUGGAGCAGAGGGUGACCGAGGCUGACCAACGAGCAGAGAGCGCUGAGAAACAGAUUCAUGUCAUGGAAGAAAAGCUCAAGUCUGCAAACAUACAAACCAGCGACUCGGAGAGCUCAUUGUACAGGAAGUAUCAGGACCUGAGCAGUCAGGUUCAAGAAAAAGAUGCCAUGAUAAAGAGGUUGGAGAUGCAGCUGGAAAAACAGAUCUUAGUCAGAGCCCAGGAGGCCAAAAUCAUUGAGGAGAAGGCUGCCAAGAUUAAAGACUGGGUCACCUUAAAGCUUAGAGAGAUGGAGCAAGAGAACCAGCAGCUGAAGACGGCUAAUCUGAAGCAGUCAGAACAGAUAACGGUGCUGCAUGACAAACUACAAGCCCUCCUAGAGAAACCUACAUCCUGUGGAUCUCCUGCCACCUCCCCUGUAAUGGAUACCCACCUGGUGCCCAGCAGUCCGCUGUUUCCUCCCAGCUGCCCCGGCACGCCACCUGCCCAGGACGACAGCUGGAGACAGACAGGUCCCCGAGGAGCCGUCUCUAAUAUGAAGACGUCGCCCGCAGAUGUGAAAAGGACUCUAGAUAAGUCCAGUAAAGGGAUUUGCCUCGGAGACCUUGUAGCCCAUGAUGCUCUCUCUCAGACCUGGAGCAGAGAAGGUCCCAGCAGUCCCUCCAUCAGUGGUCCAGAGCUCCCAGCAGGUACUGAGGGUGCAGCAGGGGGCUCAGACAGAGACAACUCCUCUGAUGAACUCAACAGCAAAUUCCGCUCUCAGUGUCUCCACUCGUCCUCUUCCUCCUCGUCUUCAUCCUCAGCCUACGAAAUGGCACAUGGGCCGAGCACCCCGGAGCCUCCCAUCAGAAUGACGCCCAAAAGCCCGCUCCUGUCACGCUCCCCCUCCACCAACAACCCCUUCCCCAACCCUCAGAUCCACCUGUCAGGUACAAGCAUGACGUUACCCAAAGUCAGGACUCCACUCACCCCCAGAGACAGCAUCCAGCUGGUGAAGAAGCACUACAGCCAGCCCCAGCCCAGCCUUGACCGACUCCACCACCUCAACGUUAACAUCGACAUCAUGACCUCCUCCUCCUCCACCUCCUCCACCCUAAAGAGCACAGGCACCGCCACCUCUCCUUUCUCACAGGUCAUCGAGGAAACGGACAUUGAUGAUGGACUUUCUGACAGCAUGGAUGGAGUGGUGGAGGGGUCGGGAUCAGAGGAGACAGCCAAGGAUGGGGUCUCCUUUGUGGGACUGGCAGAGGAGCUGGAGCGUCUGGAUCCAGAGGUUCUAAAACCACCAACGCCACCUUUACACCGCUUCCCUUCAUGGGAGAGUCGGAUCUAUGCGGUGGCAAAAUCAGGAAUGAGAGUAUCAGAGGCAAGUCCUGGAGCCAGAGGCUUCGGACGAGUGUCUAACUUACCACAAUAUCCAGCGGCGGGUCCGUUCACUCAGUUGAUCUAUAAGAAUAUAAAUGUACCGGUCUACACCACACUGAAAGGGAAAGCCACUCAGAUCAGCAGCGUACCUCUGCCUGACGAAGACUCAGGGUCUGAGGAUGACAGCAGCUCUCUGGCCAGCUUACGGACCUCCAUCCUGAGUCCAGACAAGAAGGGCAGCGUUCCUGGGAGUCCUCGUGCUGUCAAGAGAGGAGUGUCCAUGUCCUCCAUCAGCUCAGAGAGUGAUUACGCCAUUCCUCCUGAUGCCUACUCCUUGGACAGUGACUACUCUGAACCAGAGCACAAAGUCCAAAGAACCUCCUCCUAUUCCUGUGAGAGCACUGGACCUGAGAUGCUGGAGAAGUCUGGGUACCUGCUGAAGAUGGGCAGUCAGGUUAAAGCCUGGAAGCGUCGCUGGUUCAUCCUGAGGAAUGGAGAGAUCCUCUACUACAAAUCUCCUAGUGACGUGAUCAGGAAACCUCAGGGUCAGAUUGAGCUCAACUCAUCGUGCAGUAUAGUUCGUGGAGAAGGAGCGCAGACGUUUCAGCUGAUCACGGAGAAGAAGACCUUCUAUCUGACCGCUGAUUCACCCAACAUCCUGGAAGAGUGGAUCAGGGUCCUGCAGAACAUACUCAAAGUCCAGGCUAGCAGCCCUGUUACCGUGGAGACCAGCGCCAAGCCCACAAUGAGAGGAUGGCUUACAAAGGUCAAACAUGGACACUCAAAGCUGGUGUGGUGCUCUCUGGUUGGAAAAAUCUUCUACUAUUAUCGAAACCAGGAAGACAAGCUGCCUCUGGGUCAGCUGCAGAUGCGGGAGGCCUCUGUGCAGGAAGUGGAUCGCUCCUGUGAUUCUGAUGAAGACUACGAGGCCGGCAGUCGAGGCUUCCUCUCCUCACACUGCACUUUAGUGGUCCAGCCCCGAGACCAGAGUCCUACGUACCUGCUCAUCGGCACCAAGCAGGAGAAGGACACCUGGCUGUAUCACCUGACUGUGGCAGCAGGAAGCAGUGCCACCUUUAAGGUGGGAACAGAGUACGAACAGAUCAUCGGGAAACUGCUGGAUGCAGAUGGAGAUCCAGACUCAGCCCUGUGGAAGAGCGAGGCCUUGAGCUUCUGUAAGGAGGGUCUGCGCUCGCCCCUCACCACGCUGCCCUCUGAAGCUCUGCAGACUGAAGCUCUCAAGCUUUUCAAGUCCUGUCAGCUCUUCAUCAACGUGCUGGUCGAGUCUCCAUCCAUUGAUUACCACACCUCUCUGGCCCAGAACGCUUUGCAAGUGUGCCUGACCCACCCGGAGCUGCAGAAUGAGAUGUACUGUCAGCUGAUCAAGCAGACGAGCAGCCGGACGCCACACAACUACUCCUUGACCCAGUGCUGGCAGCUGUUGUCUCUGUGUGUGGCUCUGUUUCUCCCUCAACAACAUUUCCUCUGGUACCUUAGACAGUACCUGCAGCGUAAUGCCGACCCAAGGAGUGAGGUGGGGAAGUAUGCGGUCUACUGUCAGAGGUCUGUGGAGCGAACUCUGCAGAACGGGGAGCGGGAGGCCAAACCUUCACGUAUGGAGAUCGUCUCCAUCCUGCUGAGAAACCCGUAUCACCAUUCACUGCCAUUCAGCAUCCCGGUGCACUUCAUGAACAACACCUACCAGGUGGUGGGUUUCGACGGCUCCACCACUGUGGAUGAGUUCCUGAACACGCUGAAUCAGAGGAUCUGUGUGAGAAAGCCUCAGCUGUCCGGCUUUGCCCUCUUUACCGACGAUCCAUCAGGAAAAGACCUGGAGCACUGCCUGCAGCCAUCUGCCAAGAUCUGUGAUGUAAUAUCCAAAUGGGAGCAGGCCCUGAAAGAGCUGCAUCCUGGGAAAAACGAAGGGACAAGGAUCGUCCGUCUAACUUACAAAAGCAGAUUGUGCUUCAGGUCUCAGGUGAAAGGAGAGACGGAGCGAGAGCGCCUCCUGCUGGCGUACCAGGUGAAUGAUGAGGUUCAGCAAGGCCACUUCCCCGUGAACAAAGAGCUGGCUCUGGAAGUGGCUGCACUCAUGGCACAGGUUGAACACGGUGAUCUGGAGAAACCAGCGGCCUCCUCCCCUGCCAGCUCUCCUCAGCAUAAAUCUCAGCUGAUUCUCCUGCAGGCUUUAGAGCGAUUUUACCCCAAGCGCUACAAACAGGACUGCAGCUCAGAGCAGCUCAGAGAUCUAACUGAGCGUCUGGCCACUAAGUGGUCUAUGCUACGUGGGUGCAGUGCAUCCGAGUGUGUGAGAAUCUACCUAACUGUGGCUCGGAAAUGGCCGCUGUUUGGAGCCAAACUCUUCAGUGCCAAGCCCGUCCCGCCCUCUCCUGUCGAGCUGAGCCAGGUGUGGCUCGCUGUCAAUGAAGAUGGACUGUGUGUGCUGGACUAUACCAUGCACACGCUUCUCUCGUGCCCCUUCCAGUCUGUGAUCACCUUUGGUGGUUGCCGUGACGAUUUCAUGGUGGUCUCAAGCCAGCAGAGGGAGCCAGGGGUCGGGAAGAAGAGCGUGGAGAAGCUGGUCUUUGCAAUGGCUAAACCAAAGAUCCUGGAGGUGACUCUGCUCAUGGCCAGCUACAUGAACCACUGGAACCCCAACCUCCCGUCUGCAGCGCACCAGCAGCCACUCGGCCACUGGGAGGGAGACAGCCGACACUUUCCUGCUAUGAACUAUACCACCAAGGGCCCCACACUACUGUGAAGAGAGACGAAGACUGUUAAAGUACAGGGAGGCCUGUUGACAGCAGAGACCUUUAGUCUGCAGUACAGAGCCAGGACUAGAAGAUCAGUCUAUGACAUGAAGAUGAGAUUUAGAGAGGUCUGGAUCAGUCUUCUUAGACUAUCUAUUUCUGCAACAACAGAGUAUUUGAACUCUGCUCUAUGUAGAUGUAAGAUCAUGCUCUAGUUCCUGUUGAUUGGACGUUGGAGUACAUCUUUAACUGUAGCAGUGGUCUGAGGAUGUGUUUUCACCUGCAGAGAGAUCCUUAUAGUCAAAUCUACAUGUUUUUCCAGUUUUUCAGACUUUCCCCUCAGUCAAUCAGAGAUUUUCCUUCUGAUAAAGGCCUCUGACUGGAACAGUGAUGUGUAUUUACCAUGGAUGAUCCCUCUAAGCCCAGGUCACACCAAAAUAUUCACAACAAAACCAGGUUUAGGUGUUUCAGGGAAGGGUUGAAAUUGUGAACUGAGCUAAAGGCCAGAUAUUUGUGGCCUGAAGCUCACAGCAUAUGGUGGUUAGCCUCCUGAAUAGUCUGUUGAAACACCCGCUGACAGCAGUCGCUCCUCUGUUGACAGCGGUAUGAACUGAGCAGAGUUUAAGGUUCCAGCUUGUCUCCUCACAAACCUUCAGUCUGAUCUGGGCUUCACUAAAAAGUCUCUGUUUGUUUACGGUACGCUGCAAAGAGAAGGGAUUGUCAUGGUCCGUGAUACUUCACUUAUAUAGAUUUUAGUAAAUUAACUGCUAAUAACUCUAACUUAGAGAUGCUUCUAACCAUUGUUCUCACCAUAGAGUAAAUCUAAGAGUUAUUUUAUCAAGUCAUUGAAAAUAGAAGAAAAGGUCUAUUGUAGAUUUUGGAGCCCAACUAGGGAAACAAUAACAGAUUUAAUAUUGUAGGAACACACAAAUACACCCUUGAUAGCUGGAACCAAUCAUGGUUCUAGCAAUAGAAGUACUCAUUAAAAGAGCAUUAGGCUAAUAUUUAAAGAACCUUUGUAAUCAAUUUCUAUUGUGCUUAAUAAAGAUAUUCAUAUUUAGCUUACAUAUGUAGGCCAGAGAAGGCCAAAUUAAAGUGAGGAGUCUGAAUAGUGGCCCAAACUUCCUAUAAACAUACAGAAUCUGAGGUAUGGAGGGAAACAAGGGUACGUAAAGAUGUUAAUGCUAAGCUCAAGUAUCGGUACUGGCUGGUUUUUGGGUUCACACAAAACUAAAUUAAUUUCAGUUUUGAAUUAUAAAUCCUAAACUGACUUUAUUUUUCAUGGUUGAAAACAUUUAAAGAAAACAUUGAGAAAAGUUUGGUUUUUCAUGUUCCAUUUAAAAAAAGGGGGAAAAUCAAAUAAUUAGAACACAAACAACAAAAAGUCAGAGGAUCUUAAUUGUUAAUAAAACAUCUCUAGAACUGUUCUCCUGUAAUAAUAAUCAUAAUAGUAAUAAAAAUAAUAAUAAUAAGAAGAGAAUAUCAGGGUUGUCUCUGACAUUGAGCUCUGUGUGGUUCUCUGCCACUUCAGACAGUAAAAAGACACCUACAGAGCCAGUUUAGCCUUUUUCAGAAAUAUUUAUGUCUACAUUAGUCAAACAGCAAUGGUAGAUCUGCAUGACCAUUUUUGACCAUUUUUUUCUCUGUGAUUUUCAAAAUAAAAGCUCAGUCUGUUUUGAUUUUCAAAAUGGAAAAUGGAAUUUAAACAACUUUAAAGCUUUUGCUCAUCUUUAAUAGACCAUGAAAAGUAAAAUUACUUUGUGCUAUAACUCGAUUUUUUUAAUUUGACGUAAAAAAAAAAAAAGAAACAACUGCACAUUUUUACUAUUUUAUUAUCCGUUUCAGAACCGUGAAUCCCAAGACCAAAGACCAAAAGACCCCCUGACCAUAAGACCUGGGUAAAAAUUCACCUGUAAAAUUAGUGUAAAUUUCUUUAAAUAAAUGCUGCAUAUACAUCAACCUUUUUUUUAUAAAUAACAAACAAAUAAAUGGAAAAACUACCAAGAACAAGACAAGCUGAAGAGCUUCUAGUUUGUUUAUAUGACUUGAAUAAUUUUGGAUCAAACCACUGUCUCUCUCCUGUCCAUACUAGUUAUUUAUUUCCUGUCAGACUUCUUUUCUUACCUUAGAUGGUUUUCCACCAGUGAAAAAAACAUUAAUUUUUCUUUCUGUAGCAGAGUAAUUUAAGAGGUUAUGUGUUAGGAUGUUUGAGAGGUUGUGUCUUUUUGUGUUGCCUGUAUGUGUGCUCCUAAAUAAACGGUAC